UUAACCGUUAGCAGGGCAUGUCAACCAGCAAGAAGAACUACAGUCAUGUUCCUGCUUGUUAUCUACUGUUAGUUGCAGUAAAUGUGACAGGCGAGUCGUGGAGCACAUGCAGACAGUUCCGGGAAUGAAAGGUGUGUGUCCCUAACACGAGCAGCAGUGAUGGAAGGAGACUCCCAGAGGGCGUCGGCCUCCUGGGAGAACGGGACUCUGGCUCCUGGGGAACACCUUCGCUCCGACAGGGCGGACAGCCCCCUCCCGGGCCUGGUGGAGGGAACAGAACCAGGUGCUGGUCAGAAGAGUGCGAUGUUCGUCCAUGCUCAGUCCUUCGAGGAUCUGACCGCUGAGGCUGAGGAAGAAGUUCAGAGGGAGGCCGAAAUCAACAAAUCAGGAGAGAGUGAAGAGGAGCUGAAGGUGCUGGUGGGAGAGAAGGAGCCACACAGCAGCGACAUGACGUCAGAGAGUAGGACUAAGGAGGAAGACGUGACCAGCGAGGCGUGGAGGAGCCACAGGAAACACGUGUUCGUGUUGAGCGACGCUGGAAAGCCGAUCUACACUCGCUACGGCACGGAGGAGGCUCUGUCCAGCAUCAUGGGGGUGAUGAUGGCCCUGGUGUCUGUCGUUGAGGCCGAGAAGAACAUCAUCCGUUCCAUCCAAGCAGAUGGCUGUAAAGUGGUGUUCCUCACCAAGAGCCCUCUGGUGCUGGUGGGCGUGUCCCGCACCUGUCAGUCGGACAAGGAGCUGCUGCGGGAGCUGCAGUACAUCUACUACCAGAUCGUCAGCCUGCUCACCCUCACCCAGCUCAACAACAUCUUCAAGAACAAGCAGAACUACGACCUGCGCCGCCUGCUGUCCGGCUCCGAGUACCUGACGGACAACCUGCUGACCCGCCUGGAGCGAGACCCUGGCCUGCUGCUCAGCGCCGUCACCUGCCUGCCUCUGGCCAGCUCCACCCGGGACACCGUGUCCUCCAGCCUGCAGGCCGCCAAGUCCAAGAACCUGGUGUUCUCCAUCCUGCUGGCAGGGGACCGCCUGGUCACUCUGCUGAGGAAGAAGGACCAGUUCCUGCACCACAUAGACUUGCACCUGGUGUUCAACCUCGUCGGUUCCUCUUCCUCGUUUCGUGAAGGCGAGGGCUGGACGCCGAUCUGUUUGCCAAAGUUCAACACCGCAGGAUUUUUCCACGCUCACAUUUCUUACCUGGAGCCCGCGUCCGAGCUCUGCCUCAUCCUGGUCUCCACCGACCGAGAGGACUUUUUUAACAUGUCCGACUGCAAGCAGCGCUUCAUGGAGAGGCUGAGCAAGCGCAGCGCCUACCCGGCUCUGAAGGAGGCUCUGAAGUCUCCCACCUACUCUGUGGAGCAGGUGGGCAUCCUGGAGCUCAGGCACUUCCUGUACAAAUCAAAGAGCUCAGGGCUGUACACCAGUCCAGAGUUCCCUGAUGUGUAUAAGUCUGACUGUGAGCAGGAGAGGCUGAUGGGAUUGUACCAGGACCUCCACAGUAGCUUGCACCACCCGACCAGACCUCUCCGCUACGUCUACCGCUGUGGGGAAACUGAAAACCUGCUGGCGUGGGUGACGAGCGGCUUCGAGCUCUACCUCUGCUUCAGUCCUCUGGGGACGAAGGCCCUGGCCGUCGCUGCUGUCACCAAACUGCUGAAGUGGAUCAGGAAGGAGGAGGAUCGCCUCUUCAUCCUGAGUCCUCUCACAUACUGAGUCCUCUCACAUACCGAGUCCUCUCACAUCCUGAGUCCUCUCCCAUCCUGAGUCCUCUCCCAUCCUGAGUCCUCUCACAUCCUGAGUCCUCUCACAUACUGAGUCCUCUCCCAUCCUGAGUCCUCUCCCAUCCUGAGUCCUCUCCCAUCCUGAGCCCUCUCACAUCCUGAGUCUCCUGAGUCCUCUUCAUCCUGAGUCCUCUCCCAUCCUGAGUCUUCUCCCAUCCCGAGUCCUCUCACAUACUGAGUCCUCUCACAUCCUGAGUCCUCUCACAUACUGAGUCCUCUCACAUACUGAGUCCUCUCACAUACUGAGUCCUCUCACAUCCUGAGUCCUCUCCCAUCCUGAGUCCUCUCCCAUCCUGAGUCCUCUCCCAUCCUGAGUCCUCUCCCAUCCUGAGUCCUCUCCCAUCCUGAGUCCUCUCCCAUCCUGAGCCCUCUCACAUCCUGAGCCCUCUCACAUCCUGAGUCUCCUGAGUCCUCUUCAUCCUGAGUCCUCUCCCAUCCUGAGUCCUCUCCCAUCCCGAGUCCUCUCACAUCCCGAGUCCUCUCCCAUCCCGAGUCCUCUCCCAUCCCGAGUCCUCUCCCAUCCCGAGUCCUCUCCCAUCCCGAGUCCUCUCCCAUCCCGAGUCCUCUCCCAUCCCGAGUCCUCUCCCAUCCCGAGUCCUCUCCCAUCCCGAGUCCUCUCCCAUCCCGAGUCCUCUCCCAUCCCGAGUCCUCUCCCAUCCCGAGUCCUCUCACAUCCCGAGUCCUCUCACAUCCUGAGUCCUCUCCCAUCCUGAGCCUGUCUGCAGACUCACCUCCUGAAACUAAAAGCAUCACCCCUGAACAACUGCAGCUCGGUGUUAACUACUGAUUGACGGAGCGAUGCUUUUCUCCCCCCUUGCUUCUUGAUUCUUUUAAUCUAACUCACAGACUCCUGAUGAUUGUGCAAUGAAAGAAAGCAAUUUUAUCUUGAUUUGUUUUAUAACUUAAAAUGUAAAAAACAACGGAUGAAAGCAGCAUCAUCAAUGACCCAAUGGUGGUGCUCAGUUCUUUAAAGUCAAGAAUAACAUUUCAAUUGAAAAACUGGAAUUUCUGUGGACCUGCGGGGGAUGUAUUGUUAUAGAUAAUAGUUAACCACAUUCCUAUUAUGUUUUAUCUUUUACGUGAUGAUCAAUUACUGUAUGUCGUUUUUACCUCUAUGCACCUUCUUUAUGCAAAAGAAACUCCGAUGACAAACGUGUUUAUGAUUCUGUAAACUUUUUACUGCAUUGUUAAUGUCUUAUCACGAAAUUUAAAUUAUUUCAUUGACCAUGAGACAUUUUUCUUGCUUUACCAUAUUAUCACAUUUGUUAAGAACAGUAUUGUGUGAUAUGUUAUGUUCUUGUGUCUAAUCAUUAAGGUUCGUUGUAUUUCACAGGAUCCCGUUGCCACAUCCGCCUCCACUAAUCACGCCUGAACUGGUGGUUAUUGUGCAAAGCCAAUUUAAGGGUGCUGCAGAAUUACAGAUGACUUAAAUAUGAAUAAUUAUGGCUUGUAAUAAAAAGAGUAUGAGUCUUG